GGGAAAUUAGAUCAGCUUUCCAUUCCAAUACACAGCACAACGCCAACAAUAGCUUGGACAGGGUUUUGUUGUACAUCAGUUUGACGUAAAAAUUCCGUCCGUGUAUACAGGAGAAAGUGGGGUAACUUCGGGAAGAGUCAUCUUAAUUAGCUAUUGUAGGCCUAAUUAAUAAAGUAGAUUAGCAGUUAAAAAUGAAAGACAAAGAUGGCUGAAAGCAAGAAACCAGUGCAGGAGACCUAUACAGUGGCCUCCGAUGUACUAUCAACGCAUCUUAGGGAAAAGAAGGCCAGAGCCCGCAAGAAAUCACCUAUGCCGCCACCUUCAGAGCAAGAAAUCAAAGCUGAAGUUCGUAAAAUCUUGGAACAAUUCCUAAAGAAACAACUGCUGAACAAUAAUGAAGAGGAAAGUGCAAUACCCACUGGAUUUCAGAGAGUAUCUGUGGAGGACGUGGUUGAAACAGAUGGGCCAGGUAGCACAAGCACAUCUCGUGAAGGAUCCAGGUACUCUUCCAAAACCAGCUGUGUCAGAUGCCGUAGCGAGGCCAGCCAGUCUAUUCCCACAAGUUCUAUUCGAUCUCUCACUGACAAUACAAUUGAUUUCCCUUUCAUUGAUGAGGAUGAAAAUGAGGUUGAUCAUUCUGAUAAAGACCACUCAGAAAGGUCUAAGAGUCUACCCUCAAAUAUUCUAUCGUCUGUCAAAAUUCAGGAUAAAAACUCGCUUGCAUUAUCAAAAUCACUUAGUCCAACCAAACUCAGGGAAGUCAUCAACAAUGGCCCUCCUCUAAAUAAAGCAUCUGAAAAAGGAGACCGGGAACUUAGUCUAUAUAGCAGUGAAGAUUUUCUGCAGACAGGGUCUGGGCUCAAGGACAUAGAGGAGAUAGGUAUAUCAAGAGGGCGACAGAGACUGAAGUCUGGAACAGAAUCUGGGACAGAUGAUACUGACUACGAGGAAGAAGUCAUCUCCCCAAAUCGAAAGAAGAAAUCUAUCUUUACACGACUGAAGGAACGUAUGAACAGGAGUUUGAGUCGUGGUCGAAUCAAAGAAAAUGAAGAAAAUAAAAGAACAAGGUCCCGGUCAGAAGGUUCAGUAAUAAUAAAAAGACGGAAACCUAGAAAAAAGAAAGACAUUGGUUCCAGUGUGGAUAAGGUGAGUGAUGUUGUUCAAAAUGUUCACACCCACAAACAUGGCCACGUUGAACAACAUCACUACAGCAAUGGAAAUAAAUCGGGAAUGUUGAUGGAGAGUGAAGUGUGGGAGUCCACAGAUGUGACUGGAGAGUCUGAACACAAGCAUGAAGAGAGGCAUUCCAACAUCAGGGAGAGUAAAGAACAGCCGUCCGAUGGUGAGAAUGGAAUCGUGAGACGGCUGAAGAAAAUGACCUCCUUCAAGAAGUCCAAGAAAAAUAAAUCUGAUUCCCCAUCCUCGAAAGCAUCAAAAUCAGACGAGGUUGAUUUUGACCACAAGAGGCCAAAGUCCCCCAAAACAGACUUUGGUCGUUCUGUGUCUUCUGGUCAGGGGUACCAAGAAAGGGUACAUAUGAAUGGAGACCACUCCAGACAAACCACCACUACCACUGUGGUAACGGGGACACAAAUACAAGGUUGUACCGAUGAGAACCUUCCAGAGGGCCCCAUUAAAGGAGAAGUGAUGGAUCUUGCCAAGAAGAACAAAUCGUUCGUGCUGGACUUUGAGACUUGUGAGAGGCAGCAAAGGAGACUCCUUCCUGAUGGAAGCUUUGACACGACCGUCCAACAACAUGUCAAGGUCAAACACUUUGAUGAAGGUCAUGAUAUUGAAGUUGAUGGCACUGAAGACCAAGCAAUGUGUCCAAGACAUGCAGCAUCAGGACAGCCUAACCCUGAAAAAGACCGCCUGUACACUGCAGUUGCAGAGAAGUUGGCACACAUUGGAGACCACUACAUGGCCACCAGUCCAUUGUCUGAUAGUACCAGUAGCUCUGUGGAUCACACUGUGACUAGAAGAGUCAGUGCCAGAACCCCAAACCUACCUGGAGUGGAUGAAAGAGACAGUGACGGAUUGACACAGUUAGAAAGACAGCUAAGAGACAAGUUUAGAGAAGUGGGGGAUACAUUUUCUCUUGACAUUUCUCCCGAUUCUGUGAAAGAUGCUGCCAUGGAAAUUGCCAAGCAGGCAACCUACCAGAAGUUCCAGGAAGUGGUCGACAACAAGAUCGGCCCCGGCAACAGCUGGGACCAGAUUGCUGCCGUGUUCUACCUGACCAAGAAAGCUGUCACUCUUGCAGGGGUGGGCGGGGCCGUUGCACUGCAGGUGAAAGAUCUUGCGGCAGAAUACGUGGCCGAUAAGUUUGCCACAUGGAUUGUGGAUCAGGGAGGAUGGGAUACGUGUCUGGACAGUGACACAGACCUGGAUAUAGACUGACCCUAUCAUUGGGUAGCAGAUGCCCCCUAGAAUCCACAGCAUUCAGGCAGGUGGAUCUGUAUCUUCACAAGUUUUUGUGGAGGAUCUCAUGUUUUGCUGUACAUUCACAUACGCUCUGAUGUUUUUGGUCUGUUAAGGAGACUUGUAUGUGUUCACAGAAGAUUUAUUCUGUUGAGUUUAAGAAUGUUCAUUGAAAUGCAAAAGCAGUUAGUUAAAUAUUUGAAAUUAAUGAUUUUUUUUUUUAGAUGUUUAUAACAUUUUUAAUUACUGUAUGCCUUCAAUGCAAAAAUAAGUUUGCCUUCAUGUUAUGCAUUCUAAAGUGCUACUGUAGAAAUUGAUUCUAUUCAUGCAUACUGUCAAAAUUUUGUGAAGUUAACCUUUCUUUAAGUGCCUGGUGUUUGAAUUGGCUUGUUAAAUAUGCAUGUAAAUUGUGCCAUAUAUGAAAGCAAAUGGGGAUUUUUUUUUCAAACAAAUAGGAACAUAUACAUUUACAAGAUUUGGAAAAUAUUGAAAACUUUGUUUUGAAAUUUUGAUUUCAUUUCUGCAUUUCUCCAAAUCAGAAGUGUUGAAUUUUUAUUUGUUAAUUGAUAUGUUAUAUAUUUGCAGCAUUUUUUCAAAUGUAAAUUUUUCUGCAAAUAUUUUUAAGGUGACAAUUAAAUAUUUUUUUCAUAAAAGGAGAGAAAUUUAUUGUACUGGGUAUUAUGACAUCUUAAUGGCAAACACAUUCCAUUUUAUUAAAGAAACUUUUUUGCUAGAAAACUGUAAAUAGAUUUUAAAUAUCUUUGAUUGUUGGAAUUUAACAAAAUUACUUGUAUUUAAUAUGUGGGCUUUAUAUGUAUUAUUUAUUUGCAUUGCUCAUUUUGUGUUCGAUCUCAUUUUAAAACAUGUAUGAACUAGAACAGAAAUGUUAACAUACAUGUAUCAUGGGGCAUUUAUACCUGUGCAUUAAUGUUAACAUCUUUACUUAAUUAAGAUAUUGGUCUUGAGAUUGUAAUCAAAAUUUACAUUUUGUAUCUGUGAUUAACCAUGCAUCUAGAAUAAGCAAUAACAUUGUCAUCUUUCUCAGCUCCCAUUCCAUUUACUAUGAUACGAUCUUAGGUGAUCCGAUCUUACAUUACAAAACCCCAAGAACCAUAACUCUUGCUGAUAUCUGGUUGUUUAUGAAUAUUAGUUGUAUGUAAAUGUUGAAUUUGUUAAAUCCAAUAACAAAUAAAUUGUUUAGACAAUUAA